GGAACCUUCCCUCGGGGGCGGAACCUUUGUAGCAGCACCGCGUCCCCCCGGAGCCAUCCGCAGCGGACCGCCCGCCUCUGGGGGGCCGCUUUGGGCGCGGACCGGGGCGGCCGCCAUGUUCUCGGCGGCGGCAGAGAGCUUCCUGAGGCAGGCCCGGGAGGCCCAGCCGGAGGAGCUGCAGAGGUUCGCCGCCCGCGUCGCCGCCCAGCUGCAGGGCCCCGAGCCGGGCCCCGAGGCCGCCGCCUGCCUGCAGAGGCUGCACCUUGUUGUCGCCGCCAGCAAGUACCCCCGCAGGCUAGAUGGCGAGAUUGUGGGCCUGCUGCAGAAGGUGCUAUGCUCCCCCAAGUGUCCCGAGCAGAUUCAGUUGUUAUGUGCGGCCAUCCUGAGAGAGAUGUCGCCGUGCAAUGACCUGAGCCUCUCUUGUGAAAACAUUCAAGACCCGAAGCUCCUGAGUCUGGUGUCCUCUGUCCUUUUGGCUCAGGGAGACAAGGCUGAAGUGGCUGCUGUGGGGCAGCGUGUCGUGAAAGUCCUUGAAGGAAGGCUGCCCGAGGGUCAGAGUUCUCGGUACCUUCUUCCCAUCUUGUCCAACGUCAUCAGUCUUUCACCAGAAGCUCUAACUGAAGAGCAGACCAAUGUAGUCAGCAAAAAGAUGGCCGACUGGCUGAGGUAUGCAAGCAUUCAGCAAGGAGUCGCUCAGCCUUCUGGAGGCUUCUUCUCCAAUCCCAGAACCAGGCAGCCUGGCCCUGUCACAGAGGUGGAUGGUGCCAUUGCCACAGACUUCUUCACGGUGCUGUCUCUGGCUCAGCACUACACGGAGGACCAGUGGCUCAACAUACAGGCCUUCUCCAUGCUGCGGAAGUGGCUGCUGUGCUACGGGGGCAAGGGGUUGAACGCACCCAGUUCAGGUAGCCGAUCAGAAAUGGACAAAUCUGUUAUGUCCAUGGUCUCAACUGCAUCCACAUCCAGUCACCUGCUUCCCCCGAAGGAGCGGCUCCGGGAGAAAGCCUUCGAGUACUGCCAGCGGCUUAUUGAGCAGAGCAACAGGCAGGCCCUGAAGAAAGCUGAUGGAGACCUGCAGAAAGCUUGUCUCAUUGAGGCGGUGACCAUCAUGGACAUCAUCUGCAAACAGGACUCCUCCUACGUGUACCGCGCGGCUGCCUUCCUGAAGGUCCUGCACAGCAGGAUCAGCAGCGAUGCCACUUAUGCCAGGGCUCUGCUGCCCAUUGCCCAGUUCUUCCUGAAUCACGGUGAGAUGGCAGCUGUGGACUCAGAUGCAAUCUACAAACACUUAUUCACUGAUAUCCCGGCUCAGCUCUUCCACAACGCAUCCCUGGCCUUUGAAUUUGUCCUGUUCUGCAAAGAAAACAGCCGGCUCUUCACUGAGACCUCCAGCAUAUUCAGGCAGAGCUUCCCAAACCUCUUUAAGUUCCUGGCGUGGAACAGCCCACCUCUUAUCUCUGAGUUUGUGGACCUUCUCCCAUUUCUGCUGGAUGCAGGUACAGCCAUUGAGAUCUUCCAUUUGCUGCUUGACCUGCCCUGCCUGACAGCGGCUCUGGAUGUCCAAAUGAGGUCAACCUCUGCUUCCGAGAGGGCUUCCAGCGACCCCGCUGUGAAGCCAGCCACCUGCCUGGAGGCCUUUCGCCAUCCCCUCUACAAGAGUGCCUUCCAGUACCUCCUCCGCAUCGAGUCUGCUCCUGAAGAGUCUCCAGAGAGGCUGAUUCCACUUCGGCAGCUGCUGGGAUCUCUGGCCAGCAGCCCAAGGGUUGUGCAGUGUGCAGAUACCGUCCCUGUCUUACUGGAGCUCUUUUUCAGUGUGGUGGCAGAGUUUGCAGAUGGUCCGCUGAUAAACCAGCUGGUGGUGCUGCUGCUGCAGAGGAGCGACCAGCUCUACGACAUCCCAGCGUUUAAAGAUGACGUGCACAGGGUGCUGAGCUCACAGCUGGUGAUGCUGUGCAAGCUGCAUCCUGCACUCAUUGUGGAACUGUCCAAGGAGCUUCUGGAGUUCUCGGGGACUGUCAGCAACAUCCAGAACAAGGAGGCUGUCUUCACCCACGUGGUCUGGGCUAUUGGAGAGUACAUGUCUGUGUCCUACGACAAGCGCUGCACUGUGGAGCAGAUCAACAGGUUCUUUGAGACUCUAGAGGCUGUGCUGUUUGAGGUCACCCAGGUCCGACCCCUGGCCAGCAUUCCCAGCUAUGCUCCCCGUGCCAUCACUGUCCUUAUGACUGCCUUGACCAAGCUGGCAGCUCGCAGCCAGGACUUGAUCCCCAGAGUGUCCUUGUUCCUGGCCAAGAUGAGGACGUUUCUGCAGAGCCCUGCUGUCACCUCUGUGUACUGUGAAGAGGACCGUGAGGAGAUCCUUACCCGUGCAACCGAGCUGAUGAACCUGCUGAAAAUGCCAAGCGUGGCUCAGUUUGUCUUCACGCCAUCUGUGGAUGCGUCCCGCAGCCGGUUUCAGAAGGAGGUGAAUGACACCCUCCCUUCUGCCCUGAGAAUAGUGACCCGGCUCCUCGAGCCAGCUCCUGGCUUUGCGUCAGGCUGAGGGUUUGGGGUUGCUGGGAAGCUCCAACCUCAUCUGUGACUGAUCUGACAAAGCCACACUCGAGGCUCAGGCCCUGCUCUGAGCUGGGAAUGAGGAACCAUGAUCGUGAGUGAAACAGAAACCAGGAAUAAGUAGAGCUGAGGCCGCUUUUUUGGUCUGAGCCUGUUUGUACAUCUCUCUUCUAGCACUUCUUGUUUUUCUACCUCCUGCGUUUGUCCUACCUCUCCUUGGCCAGUAUGGAUUGAAAAUACCAGUGGAUUUGUGUGAAUGGGGCGAGUGAGUGAGUGCCUGCAUUAAUCCCCUGCUAGCACAUUUCCUGUGUGAGGUGGGGGAAGCAGAAGUGACUCCAUUAAAUCUGUUGUGAGCUCUCA